AUGGCAGAGGGUGCUUCUAGAUUGGAGCGAUUUGAUGAAACCAUUGAUCUCGAAAGCUUCACCCAUGAGGGGCACGGUAAUGAAUCACCACAGCUUUGCGUUGCUGGUGGUGCGUGCUGUAUGCAUGAUUCUAUCGAUCGAGAGCCCCUGAACGCAGCGCAGGCCCUACUUUGCAUCAUCCAAUCACAAGCUGCGCCACAUAGCUUCCACCACCUUUCAACGAAAUGUCAGGAAUGCUGUCGGAGCAACAAGCUUAUGAAGACGGGCGAGUGGAAAUCAUUGCAACUACCUAAACUUGUAGGACUAACAUCUAUGCCAUGGUGUAGCUUUCAAAUAGAUUGCAUCGAUUAUGCAUGUGUUGCUCUCCUCGCCUAUUAUGUCGUCCUAAACUUGCCACAUGAUGUACGACAUCUGUGGGGACGAAGAUCGAUUGCAACACUACUCUCUGUCAUCAACUGGCUUGCUAUCACUGCUUCUAUCAUUACAUACAUGCCCUUUCCGAACAAUACUACACAGGUAUGGAUUGUUCAUCUUCCGAGCCAUUCUCAUUCUGUGCUUGAAGUGGUAGCCGCCCUGCGUGUGCAUGCCUACAUGGAGUAUAACAAGGUGUUUGCGGCUAAUGCAGGCGUAUUUCAGUGGGAACUUACUCAAGAGACGUGGCUUUUCGUUCCUCAACAUGGAUGUACGGGCAGUGCAUCUGUCUCUCAAGCCACAACCUAUGCGUUGGUGAUCAUCACUCGUGGGUCUGUGGUUGUCUCGGACAUCCUCGUAGUUGCAGCAACUUGGUACUACAUUAGCCAUACAAGCUCUAUAAGAGAGCAGCUGGUAUGUGGUGUGUGGGCUGCAAGACCCAAUCUCACGACCGUUAUGUUCCGUGAUGGCACUUUGUACUUCAUGCUGUCGAGCAUACUGGUGUCCCACUUUCUCAUCUGCAUCCGCGAAGCUGCAGAACGCUCGAUCGUCGACUCACAAAACGACUCUGGCACUCAUCGAUGGCUCUCCAGCAUAGAGUUCGCCGCCGACAUCGUCAACCCCUCUGCGGGAGAUAGCGACGCGGAUGCUUUCUUUGAUCUCGAAGACGACGUGGAUUCAAGAAGCGAAGAUAGCACAGUUAAUGGGAUCAACGAUGAAAUAGAGUUGCAUGAAUAUGCAACCGCUAAUUGUUCCGUCGAUGCAUUCAUGUCCUGA